AUGACGAAAGGUUUAGCAAACGAAGCUUCAUCAUCAGAAUCUUCUAAAAAAGAAGAUUUCAUUCGUAAAUUAUGGUUAAAUGCUGAUUGUGUUUGUUUUGAUGUUGAUUCAACUGUUUGUACUGAAGAAGCUAUUGAUGAAUUAGCUAAAUUUAAACAAGUUGGUUCAUUAGUUGAAGCUAUAACACGAAAUGCAAUGGGUGGUAAUAUGAGUUUCCGAACUGCACUACAAACUCGUCUUAAUAUUAUUCAACCAACACUUCAAUGUUUAGAAAAAUUUGUUAUAAAUCAUCCAUCAGAAUUAACGAAUGGAAUUAGUGAACUUAUUACUGCAUUACAUGAACGUCAAAUACCUGUUUAUUUAAUAACAGGUGGUUUUCAUUCGAUUGUUGAUCCUGUUGCUGAACAAUUAAAUAUACCAUUAACAAAUGUAUUUGCUAAUCAAUUAUUAUUUAAUUCUGAUGGUUCAUAUGCUGGUUUUGAUGAAGAUGAAAUGACAUCGGAUUCAGGUGGUAAAGGACGUGUUAUUGAAUAUCUUAAAAAUAAAUAUAAUUAUCAACGUAUAAUUUUAAUUGGUGAUGGUGCAACUGAUAUGGAAGCAAAUGCAGAUGGUUUUAUUGGUUUUGGUGGAAAUAUAAUUCGAGAUAUAGUACGUGAUAAUGCACCAUGGUUUGUUAAUUCAUUUUAUCAACUUACUGAUGAACUUCGAAAUAAUACAAAUGAUUCUUUGUCACAAACUACUUUACAUCAUCAGGAAUUAUCGAAAAAAAGAUUUUCAACUGAAGUCAAAGCGAACUAA